CGAACCGAGCGCGAUGUUGCAGAUCGUACAACGAAAACGUGGCCCACCUAUUGGGCGCCUCCAUGUUCGCACUCCAAUUUGAGAACAAGCUUGGAGCUAGUCACUCCGCUCAGGUGGAUAUAGUGUGUCACCAAAUGGAUUCAGAACACAUUCAGUCUCGAGAGGCCCGAGUCCUGUAGCGCGUCGUCGUCAUCAGUCACUCACGCGAUAGGCCGCAUCAAAUGGUGGAAGGAAGAAGAGGAAACACAGAGGGACGCUUGCAAGUAAGAGCAGCCGCGAAUCAUCGGAACCCGCCUUUUGGACGACGUUAUCGAAUCCCUGUCUGCUAGUGCCGUUCCUCCCUUAUCUCGUCGUGACUUGCCGUACUAUGCGAAGGCCGUAGGAAAAGAUGCAGCACCCUAGGAGCUUGGUCUCCAUCCGCGAGUUUUGAUCGCCCCUUUCUCCAAUGGAAACGUAUCAUCCAUCAUCAGAAAGCGGCACUGAUUGUAUCUGUUGUUGACUUGUCAAGAACCUUCCUGUGCCUUACGGUGUAGGAACAUGAAGUCAGCAUCCGAUACAACGAAAGCAUCCUCACCCUAUCUCGCCUAUGAAAUCACCCGCUACGAUUUCUCCGGCUUACGCGUCCCCCAGCCUUCUACUUAAGGGAAUGCACACGGAGGUCGAAACAGCGAAGAAGGCUGACCAAGGCUCGCCCCGCACCGACGGUCUCUUAUCCGGACAUGGCGCGUGAACGCUUUCCGCCAAGGAACCCUUGCUAGAUAUAAGUAGUCUCCAUCUCAGGGUCCUCUUUGCUGCCAUGCGGCUUUGGAACGUCUUAUGAUAAGCGGUCAAACGCUGCGGGCGCUUCUUGACGACAUGCAGUGCUCGGGAGGCUGAGAACCUUGCGGAGGACAGAGCAACACUGGCGGCGAGAACUAGCGACCUUCGCGCCUGGGCUUCUGCACCGACGGAGCGCACUGCAGUCAUGUGGCCGGGUGCGGCAUCGACGCACAACUGCCACGCUAGCCCGUGCUUCCGACCGACCAGUCGGGCACCUGAAAUAGCCCCGACAGCCGCAGCUGCAUAAUAAACGGCGUCGGCGUCGUUGGCGUGCGUCCGGGAUGUGUGUCCGGUGCCGGCUCGUUUCCGACGAAUAUUAGCCUGAGCGAUACGGAUGAUCAUGGCUCAGGCCAGCGCAAGCCAGACCGUCAAGGCACGAACUCGAAACGUAUUCAGAAGUUGAAGCUUGAAGUCAGGCAGUGGCUGUCCGAACACUGUCUCGGCGCGUCGGACGGUCCCUCGGCCAGUCGCACGACUGAAACAUCGUGACUGCGGACCCUAAACUAUCGCGGGGACGGUUUCGGGGGCAGUUGAGCAUGAUCUCAGAUCGCGAUUCUCGAUCGUGACAUGUCCGCAACUGCGAACGAAGAGUGCACUAGGGAGAGCUGAAAAUUUGCACGACGUCGGGGCACGGAAGAUACGGAGGCGACGGUAGGAGGAAUGUGCGGCCUGAAAGGAUGUAUGCACUCCCUAUUCAGGGCUGCGGCGGCCAAGAGAUUGGUCGUCGAAUUGUGCAGACCGCGUUGAAAAGGAAGCGAAGGAGUUGACAACGGGACGACCAUCAAUCAAAUGUUAUCUGGUCUGCAUGGGUCUUGAGCGUCCUUAUCGUUCGAAAAAAUGCACAUGCACGCGACUGUGCCUAAUCCGACCAGCAGUCCUGCGGCCCUCUUAUAAUGGAGCCGCUCGAGCACCACUGCUCCCCACGCACUCGAGCUUCCCUUAUUUCUUGCUCGUGCUCACCAGGCUUGUGCCUCGUCACCUCACUGUUCCCAGAGCGGACUACCAUCAUGUCUGAUCUUCAACCAUCUCCCAUCUACGAAGAGAAGAGGGACGACUCUGCUUCUCUUGAGAAGGGCGUCUCUACCGACUAUGUUGUGCAGACGGACGAACGCUACAAGUUUGACCAGCAUGACAUUGACAAGGUCCAACGGCGACUGAAGCAACGUCAUGUGCAGAUGAUUGCUAUCGCCGGGACCAUUGGGACUGGUCUUUUCCUUGGCUCAGGUGAAGCAUUGCAAGGUGCAGGCCCUCUCGGAGCCCUCAUCGCCUACAUGCUCGUUGGCACUGCCGCAUACGCGUCUCUUUGCUCCAUCGGUGAAAUGACUUCCCACGCGCCGAUAUCCGGUACCUUCCCACACUUUGGUGCACGCUGGGUGGACCCUGCAUUUGGUUUUGCUCUAGGAUGGAACUACUUCUACACGAACGCCAUCUCCAUCCCCGUCGAGAUAUCGGCUGCAACCAUCGUACUCACUUUCUGGGAUAGCAACCUCCACCAUCAAGCCGGCUACACUGCGGUCAUCUGUGUUCUUGUCUGUUCCAUCAAUAUCUUCGGUGUUCGAUGGUUCGGAGAAUCCGAGUUCUGUUUCUCCAUUAUCAAAGUGCUUCUCAUUACUGGGCUCAUCCUCGUUGGCCUUAUUAUUGAUCUUGGAGGAGGCCCCGACCACGAUCGUAUUGGAUUCCGCUACUGGAAGAAUCCUGGGGCUGUUGCUGGUGCCGGCCUUGAACCUAAGCAUGUUGGCCUCGAUCGUUUCCUUGGAAUCAUCGGUGUGAUCGUCCAGGCUGCCUUCUCCUUCCAGGGCAUGGAGCUCGUCGCUAUCGCCGCUUCGGAAACUGAGAGCCCCCGCCGUAACAUUGCUAAGGCUGUUCGUCGUGUCUUUUGGCGUAUCCUGGUCUUCUACAUUCUCGGUAUCUUGAUCACGGGCAUGCUCGUUCCGUACAACGAUCCGGAUUUGCUGUCUUCAUCCGGUAACGGUACGGCGGCAGAAUCGCCCUACGUUAUUGCGAUCAACCGCGCUGGGAUCAAGGUGCUCCCGCACAUCAUCAAUGCCUGCAUCUUCACCUCCGCCUUCUCUGCCGGCAACUCCUUCCUCUUCGCAGCUUCGCGUGUGCUCUACGGUCUCGCGCUCCGCGGUCAAGCUCCACGCAUCUUGACCUACUGCACGAAGAAAGGUCUCCCAAUUGUAGCAGUGCUCACCACUGGCGCUUUCUCGCUCCUCGCGUUUAUGAACGUGUCCGCCGGCGCCGUCACCGUGUUCAACUGGCUCGUGAACCUGUCCGCCGUCGGAGGCUUCUUCAGCUGGUGCGGCAUGAACAUCACCUACAUCUUCUUCUACCGUGGAAUGAAAGCGCAAGGCUUUGACCGCCGCAAGCUAGUCUACAACAGCAAACUGCAGCCAUACCUAGCAUACUGGGGCAUCUUCUGGACGGCACUCUUCAUCCUGAUCAACGGUUAUAGCGUCUUCUGGAACUUCAACGCGUCUGGCUUCCUCACCGCCUACAUCAACAUUCCUAUCUUUUUCGGGCUCUAUUUCGGCUGGAAGAUAUACAAGCGCACAAAAUUCUGGCGACCGGACGAGAUGGAUUUCGUCACUGGCAUCCCGACUCUCGAGGAGACCGAAAUCCCAGAAGUUCCGCCACGAAAUAUCUGGGAGAAGAUCUUCAACAUCGUCUUCUAGUCAUGUUUGUUUUGAGCCUACUAUCAUUGUUAGUAGUUCUGGAGGCUUUAGGGGCGUGUAAGAUAUAAGCAGAUUUUGC